AUGGGAAUUAUUAUUGAGAAAUCAAAGCUUUUAGCUGCUGGGAGUUUUGCACUGACUCGAAGAGUGCUUAAUUUUACUGUAUUAGUGGUGCUUUCAUUGCUUCUACUCAUCAUGAAGAAUGAAGAAAUCGCUGCUCUGCUUCAAUCCAUGGAGCUUAGCUUCAAGCAGUACUCAGAUGAACAAAUGGAGAAACAGUUUCAGAAAUUUUCCACUCUGUUGAAUCAACAUGCAACCCAGACUGAAGAACGUUUCGCCGCCAUUCCAUCUCCGCAUGGACCACCGUUGGAAGGAACUAGCAGUAUUCGGGGGGACGGCACGAAGGGGUCAAGUGAGCAAUUCACAGUGGCGCAAAGUCACGGAGACAUGCAUUCCAUUCUCAAAACUCUGAGAGUGAAGGUUCCACGUUUCGACGGUUCGAACGUGGAGGACUGGAUUUACAAGAUCACUAAGUUUUUUGACUUGCAUAAGGUGGACAAUGAGAUGAGGCUGGCUGUUGUCCCUUUCCAUUUAGAUGGAGCACCAUCCACUUGGUUUCAAUGGGUGGAAAAGGGGGGUUCAAUCACCGAUUGGGAUUCUUUUUUACAAGCUUUGGUUCAGCGCUUUGGCACUUCGAUCUACGACGAUCCUUUGGGGCGUAUCUCGAAAUUGACUCAGACGGGCCGAGUAUCACAGUACCGAGCUGAGUUUGAAGCAUUGAUGCCGCGUAUUACGGGGGUAGCUGAUGCGAUGUUUCUCAACUUCUUUGUGUGGGGUCUGAAGCUGGAAAUUCGCAGGGAACUUCUCCUUGCUAAACCGGUGGACUUAGCCGAUGCAAUGGCUAAGGCUCAACUAUUCGAAGAUCACCAUGAUGAUCUGGGUUUUCGUCAGCGUCCGGAGAUGAGCAAACAGGGAUGGCAACCACGAACAUACAGCACUCAACCAACGCAACACACCACGCCAACAUAUGCUCCGAAAACAAUCGCCCCAUAUCCAAACACAUUUGGCUCGGGUUCUCAACCCCCAGCGAGUACGCCUUCCCUACCGAUCAAGCGAUUAUCCCCAGCAGAACUUAAAGAACGCAGAGACAAAGGAUUAUGUUUCACGUGCGACGAGAAAUUCAGUUAUGGGCAUAAGUGUAAAAAUAGGAUGUUGAUUUUGUGUGCUCAGGAUGAGGAGGAAACGAAUUUGGAAACUGAAAGUACAGACCAGGACGGGCAUCAAUCUGAGGAGGCUGAAGUAAGUCUAAACACUUUAUCUAAUUCAUUGAACCCGCGGAUCUUCCGUAUUAUGGCCAAACACGGCACUGAAACAUUGGAGGUCCUUAUAGACACCGGUAGCAACAAUAAUAUCAUACAAGCAUCCUUGGCCGAGCGGUUGGCUUUGAAGUGGGAAGACACAACUCGUUUCAAAGUUUACAUGGGCAAUGGCAAUUUCUUAGUGUGUUCGAAGAUCUGUAUUGGAGUGGAAUUGCUUAUGCAGGGACACCAAUUCGUGGUAGAUUUGUACGUUCUACCAAUUUGUGGGCUGGAUAUUGUUUUAGGAAUGCAGUGGUUGCAAUCCUUGGGACCGUGUCUUCAUGACCAUAAGAACUUAACCAUGGAGUUUCAGUGGCAAGGCAGCACGGUUAAGUUGGAGGGGUCCAAAACAGCUGCUCCAAAUCAGCUUACAUUUACACAAUUUCAUGCCCUCAUUAGAGAAGGUGACAUUAAAGAUGUAUACAGACUGAUGGCAUUACAGAAGGAAGAUCCGCCAGCUUUGACAGACCUCCAAACCGUGGAAUCACAAUUUCCUAGCGAAGGUUUCGGCCUUCUUACCGAGUUUCAAGCUGUGUUCGCCGAGCCCACAUCUCUUCCGCCAUAUAGAAGCAUCGACCAUCGAAUUUUUUUGCAACCCGGUUCGAACCUAGUGAAGGUGCGGCCAUACAGAUACCCCCACUUUCAGAAAGACGUUAUGGAGCAGUUGGUUAAGGAGAUGAUUUCGUUUGGUUUCAUACGCCCAAGCACCAUCCCAUAUUCAUCUCUGGUCCUAUUGGUCAAGAAGAAAGAUGGUCUGUGGAGGUUUUGUGUGGAUUACCGAGCUCUCAACGGCAUAACAAUCAAAGAUCGCUUUCCCAUUCCGAAUAUCGAUGAGCUAUUAGAUGAAUUGGGUCACGCAAAGGUAUUCUCAAAACUAGAUCUCCGGGCAGGCUACCACCAAAUCCGGAUGGACCCUAGAGAUAUCCACAAGACCGCCUUCCGCACCCAUGAAGGACACUACGAGUUCGUCGUGAUGCCGUUUGGGCUUACAAAUGCCCCAUCCACAUUUUAG